UUAUACAAAAGAUCCAAUUUAAAUGGACGCCACAUUCCUCCACCUUCGUGGCAAUCGAAGGUCCUUCCUUAAUUGUCUUCUGCUUCUCAAACUACGUUAACUGCCACAUCUCUAGUCUUUUGCUAUUUUCUUCAAUUUUUUCUUCCGCUUGUUAUGGCCUCAAGAAAAUAAGAGGAAAAAAAUGAUGGCCAAGUUCACCUUAAACCCAGACACCAAAAUCUGUUAUUAUCCAGCUUACACAACCCAAAAAGCUUCAAUCUUUAGAACAACUAUCAAAUCCCAAUACUGGAAUGGGUUACCCAUUAAUCCAAGCUUGAAAAGGUUCAGGGUUUUUUGCAGCAUAAAAGAGAAAAAGACCGAAAAUGCUGAAGAAAAACGUAGAAUACUUGAAGGGCUUAAAGUGAAUGAUGAAUUGGAGGAGAAGGUUGGUUUAUUGGAGGCUGAGAUUGGGGAAAAAGAAGUAGGCUUUGUUUGGAAUCCGCCAUGGAAGAAUCUUCCUCAAAGAUAUAAGCUCAUUGGAACUACAUCUCUGGCCUUCAUUAUUUGCAAUAUGGAUAAGGUAAAUUUCUUGGAUUUUUUGAUAAUUGGGGUUGCAAGUUCCUUGCCAAUUGAGGGUGGGCAUGUCUCUCCACUCCUUACUGUACGAUAUGAGAUGGAUGAUGGAACAUUCCUUACUCAAAUUAUAAUUGCUAGCUACAUCUCUUGCAGUGACGAACUGAACCUCAAUCUGACUGAAGCUGCAUGGGUCUCUGUCCUUCCUCCACUAGCUUCAGUUUUCGUUACAACAAUUGCAUCACAAUUUGCAGACAACUUAAUUUCCAAAGGGGUUGAUACCACCAUGGUGAGGAAAAUUUGCCAGACAAUUGCAUUUUUGUCUCCUGCAACUUGCAUGAUUCUUUCCUCUUUGGACUUGGGACUAGAUCCAUGGGAAAUUGUAACAAUUCUCACAGGCGGUUUAGCACUUUCAAGUUUUGCCUUAUCAGGACUAUAUUGUACACAUCAAGACAUUUCACCUGAAUACGCAAGCAUUCUUUUGGGCAUUACGAACACUGUUGGAGCUAUACCUGGAAUUGUGGGUGUUGCUCUCACUGGCUACCUUCUCGACUCAACUCAUUCAUGGGGUAUGUCACUGUUUGCACCGUCGAUAUUCUUCUAUCUUACUGGUACUAUCGUAUGGUUGGCACUUGCGAGCAGCAAGCCACAAACCUUUUCAAAUAGCGAUUGAUGUCCGUAUCAGCCCUGAAUCAACAGAAUCUGUUCAGAAGUACUAAUGACCCGAACAACAAUUUUGAGGAAUAACUUUCCUUGUAGGCUGCCUAGGACUUCUUUUGUCCUGUCUGUAUAUAAAAUCAUAGGCUUCUGGCAUUUAGCAAAAUCUAUUCUAAAUUACACCAUAUAUGAUUCUUGUAAUUUUAUAUUGCUUCUGCAAUAUUAUAUUUGUUUCAGAAAUUGAUGAAUCAAGAAAUUUGUAUUAA